AUGGAAUGGAGGUGGAAGGAAGGCGUCUGGCUAAGGGGAAAAGUGAAAGCAAACAAUAUGUGGUUGACCAACUCGAAAAGCUCAACGCAACACGUUCUUUAUGCUUGUCUUCUGCCUGAUGUGCCUAAGCGGUUCUUGGACACUUCUUCCAAAACGGCAGUAAUAGGCUAUGAUGAGGCUGUGUUACGAUUGACUUUUUCUUUUCAAAGAGAGGAACUGAGGGGAAAUGAGGUUCGGAAGCGUUCAGCUGCGUCAAGCGACUUCUUAAAUCAUGUUCAGCGGAGGCUUAGCGUUUCAGGAAUUGGGAUGCCUCCUGUUAAAUCGGUAAUUAGUGUGGAGAAAGAAAUUCGAGGGAAGGAAAUUUGGGGGGAGGGCGGGGCGGAACCCGCCAAGCCAGUGGACUUCCGUCCCGCCUUGACUCAAUCCGAAAAAACGUUCAAUCCGACUUCACAUUUCUACCAAAUGAUGAAGCUGGCAGCCUCCCAGCUUCCAAAUUCCUUCCCAGAGCUCGAAAAUUUUCUCCACCGUCUAUUUUGCUCCAAUCGUCGCUUCCACAAACUUUCACGAAUUCCCCGCCGCUCGUUGAUCAACCUGCAAGGCACCAUGAGCUCCGCACAAGGUUAUGAGAAGUGGAACCAGAAGCAGUUGAUCGCCCGGAUUCAAGAGUUGGAAGCAGAAUUGAAGCAUAAGACGCCUUCUGAAUAUGCUACGGCUCCCCAGCCUCCACAGCAGUCAAUAUCAUACCGCAAACCGCCGAAGCAGCCACCUAAAGCAUUCGACGCUUCGAAGUAUAGUACCAGGCUGAUCGCAUUGAAAUUCGCAUAUCUGGGGCAGAAGUACAAUGGUUUUGAGCAUCAUAAUAACAAUAAUACUCCGCUCCCGACCAUUGAAGAAGAGCUGUGGAAGGCGUUAAUGAAGACGAGACUUAUAAAUCCUACGCCGAGUUCUGGAGAGAAGAAGGGAGAUUAUGAUAGGUUGGAUCACAAGACGUUUGCAGCCUGGGAUCGCGGGGGCGUGGAUAUGAAUUGGGAAGGUUGCGAGUACUCAAAAUGUGGUCGGACGGAUCGGGGCGUGAGUGCAUUUGGGCAGGUUAUUGGAGUGCGGGUUCGAAGCAACCGGCCAAUACCAAGCCCGAACCCAACACUAGAAACCCUCUCAACUUCCCCAGAAGCGAUCUCAGAAGAGCUGGAAAGUACCGAAACUUCUCUUCCUCCCACCGACACCGACACCGAGUCCGAACAGGCAGCGAAGCCCUUCAACGACAUCUUAGACGAACUCCCUUACAUCCAACUCCUAAACCGUGUCCUCCCCCCCGACAUCCGCAUCUACGCCUGGUGUCCUAACCCUCCCCCAGAUUUCUCCGCCCGCUUCUCCUGCAGAGAACGGCGCUAUAAAUACUUCUUCACAAACCCGUGUUUCAGCCCCAACCCCGAUCCCUCAGGCCUGUACCUUCCAACCAGCUAUCCCACCCCUGAAUCUGGUUCUAGAACUGCGAUGCGGGAAGGUUGGCUCGAUAUUGAUGCCAUGAAACAAGGGUGUAGCGAGUUAGUUGGCCUCCACGACUUCCGCAAUUUCUGUAAAAUCGAUGCUAGCAAACAACUCACAAACUUCCAGCGGCGGAUCUUCUACGCUGAUAUUGAGGAGAUCUCGCCAUUAUCUAUUCCCACAUAUCUCUCGCACCAAAACCUCCAACUCCCGUCCCAAUUCCCUCCCUCAUCUGAAGCGGGGGAGCAGCAACCGAAAAUGUACGCCUUCACCCUCCACGGCAGCGCCUUCCUCUGGCAUCAAGUCCGGUCCAUCAUCGCGCUCCUCUUUCUCAUCGGCCAGGGUCUCGAGUCACCCUCCCUUAUCCCUUCCCUCCUAGACAUUGCCUCCAAUCCCACGAGACCGAAAUAUGAAAUGGCGUCCGAUGCCCCACUCGUACUGUGGGAUUGUGUGUUCCCCGCUGCGGAUGAGGAGAUGGGAGGGGAGAGGGUGGGAGAGAGGGAGCAGGGGUAUAAGGACGCGUUAGAGUGGAUUUAUGUUGGGGAUCCCGGGGGGAGGGAACAGAAAGGGAGGAGUGGUGGUGGAGGAGGCAGGGUUGGGACAGGGAAGUGGGGAAGAGGAGGCGUCAUGGAUGAUCUUUGGGAAGUGUGGCGGGGGAGGAAGAUGGAGGAGACGUUGGCAGGGUUGUUGAUGGAUGUUGUUGCUUCUCAAGGGGAGAAACUGGAGAUUGGAGAUGAGAGCGAGAUGGAGGUAGGGGGAAAGAAGAAAGGGGGGAUAGGUGUGCCAAGGGUGUUUGAUGGUGGGGAUGUAGCGAGGGCUAAGGGGAAUUACAUUCCGGUGUUGGAGAGGGAGAGGCAGGAACCUGUGGAAGUGGUCAAUGAGAGGUUUGCGAGGAAGAAAGGGCUAGAUCUGAGGAGGUUGAGACCGAAUGAGGAUGUGGAUGCCUGA